AUGGCCCAAGAAUCUUUUGCCCCCUGGUAUACCUCUACUUCUUCAAUCUUUGAUGCCGCUAAUCGAGCCUACCUUUACUCCAGAUAUGAGAUCCCUCAUACUUAUCGCAUUUGUCUUCCUUCUCUGGCUGAUCGUCCUCACCUUCCUCCCGAUAACCAUGUCACUUUCUUUUCUGACCAAUUAGUGGCCAUGAUCGCGAUUUUAAAAUCCCUGAUUUCUAAAGAGAUUAUCUUAGCCAAGGGAGAGCUCCUCACUAAGGAACCAGAGCUGUUGAACAAGCAAGGUCUAUCCUCAACCGUCCCUACCAGUGAGACUUCCACGAGCCACUCAACUGAAGCCACUAUUUCUAGAGAAUUGCCACCUGCUUCACCUUCGAUACCUGACAUUGUUCCUUUAGAGCAGAAAGUUGCCUUAAAGAAAAAGUACAAGGGGAGGAAACUCACCCUUGCCCCUAGUCCCAAGAGACAAGCACUCUCAGCUCCGGAAGAUAUCGCCCUAGAGGAUGAACAGGAACCAUCUCCCAAAUUGACUUUAUCCUCUCUCUAUCCAAUCCUCUCAACAUCCGCUCCUAUUCCUACUCAAGAAGAUUCUUCCUUACCAGGGUUUGGAGAAGAUGAUGUGUUUACGAGAUCUGGUUUCAUAAAUUGGAAAAAAGCAAUUGAAAAAUUCAAUGAGCAUGUAGGUGGAGUUGGUAGUGUGUACAAUGAGGCAAGAAUACAGUUUGAGGGUUUCAAUAAUCAAAGACAAAGUGUGGAGUAUUCAUUUUCAUCAGGGAAACAUGAGAUUGAAGUUGCUUAUCGCAAACGCUUGACUACCAUUUUAAAAGUAAUUCGAUUUUUGUUGUUACAAGGAUUGCCUUUUCGGGGACGUGAUGAGUCUUUGACAUCAUCCAAUAGAGGCAUUUUUUUAGAAUUGCUCAAAUGGUAUAGCUCAGAAUGUCCAAAAGUUGUGGCAAUUGUUGGAAUGAAUGCACCUGAAAAUAAUCAAAUGAUUAUCCCAAAAAUUCAAAAGCAACUGGUGAAUGCUUGUGCAGUUGAGACCACAAAUGUUAUUCUAACUGAUCUUGGAGAUAGAUAUGUGAACAAACAUGGAGAGGUGACUGAACGAUUUAUGGCUGUAGUUCCUGUUGCAACAACUACAGCUGCUUGUUUGAAGGAGGCAAUCGACUCUUUAUUUGCUAAGUAUGGUUUGUCAGUGGCGAGAUUGAGGGGUCAAGGAUAUGAUGGUGCUUCAAAUAUAUCUUGA